AUGCACUCAUUUUACAAAUUAGCAUUCCAGACACUUUCGAAUUUCCACUCUAUGGGAUUAAUAAGUGAUGAGGAGAAGUCAUACCUCAAAGACAUGAUAAUUAAUUGGGCUAAUCCUUAACUCAAUACUUCUUAGGAUUAGAUGUCAGUUUUACUUCUUCGAAAUAUCUUGGUUCUUAGAAACUAAGUCAAACAAGUAUGUUAGAUGAAGAAAGUUCUGUGGUUGAUUGAGGAAGAAACUGAUGAAGAUGAGAACUUUUGA